AUGUCGGUGUGCGUGCGGGCCGUGGUGCGGGUGCUGGUGCUGCAGGCGGCCUGGGCGCUGGGCGGCGGGCAGGUGCGCUACUCGGUGCCGGAGGAAGCCAAGGGCGGCACGGUGGUGGGGCGGCUGGCGCAGGACCUGGGCCUGGAGGCGGGCGAGGCGGAGGCGCGGCGGCUGCGGCUGGUGUCGCAGGGCCGGCGGGCGAGCGUGGAGUUGAGCGGGGCGAGCGGGGCGCUGGUGGUGAGCUCGCGGCUGGACCGGGAGGAGCUGUGCGGGAAGAGCGCGCCCUGCGCCCUGCGCCUGGAGGUGCUGCUGGAGCGGCCGCUGCGCGUCUUCCACGUGGAGGUGGAGGUCACCGACAUCAACGACAAUGCCCCGCUCUUCCCCGCCGCCACCAAAAACCUCAGCAUCCCGGAAUUAAAUACGAUGCCGGGGUCCCGCUUUCCGCUGGAGGGCGCGUCGGAUGCGGAUAUCGGAGCCAACGCGCAGCUCUCCUAUACCCUCAGCCCCAGCGAGCACUUCGCCCUGGACGUGAAAUCUAAAGGCGAGAACAAAAAUUCCGUAGCACUCGUCUUAAUGAAAUCUCUGGACCGCGAGUCGCUGGCCGAGCACCGUCUGUUGCUGACGGCGAGUGACGGGGGCAGGCCGUCGCUGACGGGCACGGUGGAGCUGGUGGUGUCGGUGCUGGAUGCGAACGACAACGCGCCCCAUUUCAACCAGUCGAUCUAUAAGGUUCGGCUGCCGGAGAGUGCGCCGCCGGGAACUGUGUUUCUGCAUCUAAAGGCGACUGAUAAGGACGAGGGAAUUAACCAGGAAAUCUCUUAUGGCCUUAGCGAGGCAGUUUCUGAUAAAUUGAAGGAUUUGUUCAUAAUUGACAGAGUAUCAGGGGAAAUGAGGACUGCAGGACAACUGGAUUUCGAAGAUGUUCAGUCGUACGACCUGGAGGUCGAGGCGAGAGACAAGGGCGUUCCGCCGUUGUCAGGACACUGCAGCGUGGAGCUGGAGGUGUUGGACGUGAACGACAACGCGCCCGAGGUGUGGGUGACGUCGCUGUCGGUGCCGGUGGCCGAGGACGCGUCGUUGGGGACGGUGGUGGCGCUGCUGAGCGUGUCGGACCGGGACUCGGGGUCGAACGGGCGGGUGCGGUGCGCGGUGUGGCCGCCGUCGCCGUUCGGGCUGGUGGCGACGUUCGCGGGCUCGUACUCGCUGGUGCUGCGGGAGGCGCUGGACCGGGAGCGGGUGUCGGAGUACGAGGUGGAGGUGCGGGCGGAGGACGGCGGGGCGCCGCCGCUGCGCGCCAGCCGCGGGCUGCGGGUGCCGGUGUCGGACGUGAACGACAACGCGCCGGCGUUCGCGCAGGCCGUGUACACGGUGCUGGCGCGGGAGAACAACGCGGCGGGCGCGGAGCUGGCGCGGCUGUGGGCGCGGGACCCGGACGAGGCGGGCAACGGGCGCGUGAGCUACUCGGUGGCGGAGGGCGGCGCGGGCGCGGGGUCGGGGUCGGGGUGGCGUCCGGCGUCGAGCUACGUGUCGGUGGACGCGGAGAGCGGGCGGCUGUGGGCGCUGCAGCCCCUGGACUACGAGGAGCUGCAGGUGCUGCAGUUCGAGGUGCGGGCGGUGGACGCGGGCAAGCCGCCGCUGUGCGGCAACGCCACGGUGCAGCUCUUCGUGGUGGACGAGAACGACAACGCGCCGGCGCUGCUCCCGCCCGCCGGCGGCGGGCCGGGGCCCUGGGCUGCGGGCGAGGCGUCGGCGUCGGCUUCGGCGCCGGGGUCGCUGUGGGCGUGGGCGGCGUGGGGGGCGCCGGCGGGGCAGGUGGUGGCGAAGAUCCGCGCGGUGGACGCGGACUCGGGCUACAACGCGUGGCUGCGCUACGAGCUGUGGGAGCCGCGGGGCAAGGGCCCGUUCCGCGUGGGGCUGUACAGCGGCGAGGUGAGCACGGCGCGGGCGCUGGAGGAGGCGGACGGCCCGCGGCAGCGGCUGCUGAUCGUGGUGCGGGACCACGGGGAGCCGUCGCGCUCGGCCACGGCCACGCUGAGCGUGUCGCUGGUGGAGGGCGCCGAGGCGGCGCUGGCGGCGGCGGGGGCGGUGUCGGCGGGGGCGGGGCUGCGGCCGGCGGCGGGCGCGGAGGGCGGCGCGGCGGCGGCGGCGGCGACGAACGUGUGGCUGGUGGUGGCCAUCUGCGCGGUGUCGAGCCUGUUCCUGCUGGCGGUGGUGCUGUACGGGGCGUCGCGCUGGGCGCCGCGGGCGGCCGUGCUGUCGGGGCCCGGUCCGGCGACGCUGGUGUGCGCCAGCGAGGUGGGCAGCUGGUCGUACUCGCAGCGCCAGAGCCGGAGCCUGUGCGUGGCGGACGGCGCGGGCAAGAGCGACCUGAUGGUUUUCAGCCCCAACUGCCCGCCGCCGCCCGGCCCCGCGGCAGAAAACGGUUCUGCCGAGAAGGGACCUUCGCUCUCCCCAUACUCUUCAGGCGCGAAACGUGCUGUGAAAAAUAAGGUCGAAAAUCGUUCCGUUGCCAUUAGUCGAAAGAGGAAGAGUGACUGA